UACAGGAUGGAAAUUCCCGGCCUCCCCGCGGAGGGAGCUGGGGCUCCACGCUCUGAAAGGCUCAUUUAUUCCCGCGCUGCCGCCCAGAGCGGCGGACCCGGGUCCGGGCCCUUUUCCCUUUCCCCCCUUCCCUCCUUUUUCUGCCGCUCCCCCCCCCCCCCCCCACCCGCCCCCCGCCAUGCGCCGCGGCCCGGCCACCGCCCCCCCCGCCCCGGUGCUGCUGCUGCUGCUGCUGGCGGUGGCCCCCCCGGCCGGCGGCUCCGACAGCCCCAAGGGGAAGCAAAAAGCGCUUCGGCAGCGGGAGGUGGUGGACAUGUACAACGGGAUGUGCUUGCAAGGCCCCAGUGGUGUUCCUGGACGGGAUGGAAACCCGGGAGCCAACGGGAUCCCCGGGACACCUGGGAUCCCGGGACGGGACGGGCUGAAGGGAGAGAAGGGCGAGUGCAUGCGCGAGAGCAUCGAGGAGUCCUGGACACCCAACUUCAAGCAGUGUUCGUGGAGUGCGCUUAAUUACGGCAUCGAUCUUGGGAAGAUAGCAGAAUGUACAUUUACAAAGAUGCGCUCGAACAGCGCUCUCCGUGUUCUCUUCAGUGGAUCGCUUCGGCUAAAAUGCAAAAAUGCCUGUUGUCAGCGCUGGUACUUUACUUUUAAUGGAGCAGAAUGUGCUGGGCCACUUCCUAUUGAAGCCAUAAUAUAUUUAGAUCAAGGAAGCCCAGAGCUGAAUUCUACUAUUAAUAUACACCGAACUUCUUCAGUGGAAGGCUUGUGUGAAGGGAUCAAUGCCGGCUUGGUGGAUAUUGCCAUCUGGGUUGGGACUUGCUCAGAUUAUCCACGGGGAGAUGCUUCUACUGGAUGGAAUUCAGUCUCCCGAAUCAUCAUUGAAGAACUGCCAAAGUAACUUUCCUUGCCUUUUUAUAAUCUCUCCCUUUUUUAAAAUUUUGUACAACUUUCUUCAGAAUUUAUUUCUAUAGAGUUGGAUGCAAGUAUUUGACUGAAAGGGAUCAAAUCAAACUCUUGCAUCUGUAGUCUUUGUCUAGCCUUUUUUUGCACAUCGCAGAGGCUUUUUAUAAUAAUCAUUUUAGAAUAUCAAAACCAAGUUCAUUAACUUUUUUAAUUCCUUGUUUGAUGUAUGAAAAUAUACCACCACCAUUUUAAGAAUUAACCGUAACUUUUUGUAUCAAAUAAAUAAGACCUUUAAAAAAAAAAAA